AUGGCAAAAUUUAAUGACUUACCAGGAGAGUUGAUUGAAAAGAUUAUUCUUGAACUCGAGGCUCAAGAUAUAGUUAAAAUCCCAAAAACUAUUCGACAACAGUUUUAUUACCAUAUUAGUUUGAAAAUAGUCUUGAAGUUGUUAGACAGCAUCGAGAAAAUAGAUAUAAUAAAAAGAAAUUAUAGGAUAUUUAUCAAUUUUGGUCAAGGAAAUGUGAUUUUGAGUGACAAUUAUUUCGUCAUUGACCACAACCAAUUGCUUCAAUUGAAAUACACUCCACCAGAAUUCAAAUCAUUAUUUCAAUAUUUCCAAAUCUGGCCAGGGAAAACAUCAACUAGGAAAGAUUGGCAAAUUUAUUUAUACAGCUAUCCAUUUUGCAUAAAAUUUUUGUAUAUGCAUUCAAGGAAAGGGGUCCAUUUAUUUUGUUUGAAAUCUUUGACGAUUGCCAAAAAAUGGAAUUUUUAUAACAAAUUAAAUCACCUGUUUAUUACAGAUUUUUUGUCAAAGAUUCCAUAUUCAUCUUUUAAACGCCAUAAUAUGAUUUGCAGAUUUACUGAGAAAUUACAUUUAGCAGAGUUAUUGAUGAUACCAUCUACUUUACAAAUGUUUACUUCCAUAACGGAAGGGAAGUUUAACCCAGCGAUUUUGAAAAUUACUGUAGUAAACGAUAAAACAAUUGACAUUCUACCUGUUGAUAUCAUUUGCAUCAAAGAAUUUCCUAGCUUAGUGGUUUUUGAAUUGUAUUUUUUAGGAGAAGAAACUAGUGUCAAUUCAGCCCAAAGAUUGAUUAAGAAACUUGGCCCCGAUAUUAGAAGGGUUACCAUAGAGAUUUCCAUAUUAGAUAUAGCCGAGCUAACAAAAGCGAUAAAUCGUCUAAAUUUUCUAAAAGUUCGAACUACCGUUAAGGUUCAAGGUAAAGAUAGAAUUGGUGCAAUACGGGAAACUGAGUCAAUGACAAAAUUUAGUGAUUUACCCUUGGAAUUACUUGAAAAGAUUUUAAACGAAUUAGAUGAAUGGGAUUUAUAUUAUACUCCGGCAAAUAUUAGACAUCAAUUGUUUUUACAUCAUGAAUAUAGAGACAACUAUGCGCUAUUUGCAUCAAUACGAGUUACGUGA